ACAGUGUGAGGAGGUCCCGAGCAGCAUAAAGCACCCAGUAGCAGCAAACUGGGCCUGUCUGGCAGCCUCCAGGCCCCGGGAGGGCCUGAGACUGGGCACUGCCUGAGCCACCAUCUGCAUCUGCGUCAGGGAUGCCCCAAGAUUGCGGGACAGCCCACUGGACUUCGCAGCUGCUUGACUCUCAGGCACCAAGAAGAGCCCGGAAAAGAGCAGAAGGCGGAGCCAGCUCCAACGUCUUCUCCAUGUUUGAUCAGUCCCAGAUCCAGGAGUUUAAAGAGGCCUUCACCAUCAUGGACCAGAACAGGGACAGCUUCAUCGACAAGGAGGACCUGAGGGACACCUUUGCUGCUCUGGGGAGGCUGAGGUGGAGACAGGGGGCAGGGGUGAGGCUGGGGCAGCCCAGUGCUGACUGGGGGCUGAAUGCUCCCCCACAGGGUCUCCCAACAGGCCGCAUCAACGUCAAGAACGAGGAGCUGGAGGCCAUGGUGAAGGAGGCUCCCGGGCCCAUCAACUUCACCGUCUUCCUGACCAUGUUUGGGGAGAAGCUGAAGGGCACGGACCCAGAGGAGACCAUUCUCCAUGCCUUCAAGGUGUUCGAUACUGAAGGCAAAGGCUUCGUCAAGGCUGAUGUCAUCAAAGAGAAGCUCAUGACCCAGGCAGACCGGUUCAGUGAGGAGGAGAUCAAGCAGAUGUUUGCAGCUUUCCCGCCAGAUGUGUGCGGCAACCUGGACUACAGGAACCUGUGCUACGUCAUCACGCAUGGUGAAGAGAAGGACUAGGAGCCCACGGUCUUCCCACAUUCGGAGUCAGCAAAUACUGGGGGGUGGGCACUGAUGGGGAGCUCCUGCAGCCAGAGUGCACAGGGAAAGGCUCCCCUGGUCUUAUGGGUCGGAACGAAGCAAGAAUAAAUCAUGCUAACGUGG